UUAGUCUUUUACGAGAUCAAAAUUCAAUCCCAUUUUAGAAAUGCGCUAUGACGUUAUUUGUAAUUGUGCCCAAAAGUCCUUAAUGAAUAACUUUGCCAGAGGAGAAAGCAAAUGUUCCCCCAGCUGUUUCCUGUCGAAAAUGUCUGUGUAAUGUAGAUAAAUGUGAGGAUUUUCUCUAAAUCCCUCUUCUGUUUGCUAAAUCUCGCUUCCCUCUACAAAAAACAGAGUAGAAGAGUCUGCGCAAUUGAACAAAGUCUGAAUAUUGAAAUGUGACAUUGCACUUCACAUCUCAUCCUAUUUCGCGUUGGAUUUUUUUUUUAAUGACUUCAAACACAUUUAUUUUGCUGGUCUUUGUAGUUCUGGGAUCCAUGGGGAUGUCCCGCAGGCAUUCCGUCUUCCCUCAGUGGCACUUGUGUGAUGUCUUCAAGUUUAAGAUGUGCUCUUUGUCCUGUACCCAUUACUUGCUCCUGUGUGUUCUAUGCCUGACUCAGGCUGCUGCAGCCGGCUCGGAGACUCUGUGCGGAGCUGAGCUUGUGGACACUCUUCAGUUUGUGUGUGGGGAGAGAGGCUUCUAUUUCAACAAACCAACAGGCUAUGGAGCCAGCUCGAGGCGGCCACACCACAGGGGCAUCGUGAAUGAGUGCUGCUUCCAGAGCUGUGACCUGAGGCGACUGGAGAUGUACUGUGCGCCUGUUAAGCCAGCCAAAGCCUCACGCUCUGUACGUGCCCAGCGCCAUACCGAUAUGCCGAAAGCACAAAAGAAACAUAUAUCUGGUAAUAGCCAGCCAUCUUGCAAGGAGGUACAUUCGAAGAAUUCCAGCCGCGGGAACACAGGCAACAGGAACUACCGGAUUUAGAAGAGCAAAAUCCAGAGUAAAAUUAAUUAUAAUAAUAAUAAUAAAAAUAAUAACAAUUAAAAGAUGAGGUGAAUUUGCCAUUGCAGAAUGGUUCACUGUAUUGUUCAUGCAAACUGGUGAAACGUAAUAUAAAUGAGCUCAGUAGUGGAAAUGCAGGUGGAGGGCUUUCUGCUGUUUAACAGUGCAAUGUGUUAUAGGUAGGAAAAUCACUUUACUAAAAAUGUAUUGAACCAAUAUAGCCACGAAGAUCUGGGCUGUGACGUAUGACCCCAUGGCUGUUGGUUUCAUUUCUGUGCACUAAGCCUUUUCAAAGCAGCUUCUCAGUGUCCUGAAGUUCAUGUGGCUCUGCUUGUGCAGACCUUGAUCAAAGUAGAUUGGCACCAGAGUAGCAGCAAUGCUGAAACAAUGGAUAAAUGGACUUGAGGACAAAGAGGUUCAAAUACAGCAAUGGACUUUAAGAUUUUUUUUUAUUUGAAACACAUAUUGACAACCGCUCCUUCAGGAAAACAAAAAAAUAAAGACAGUGUGACACUUUAAUUCUGUAUUGUCGUUAUGGUAGAGUACAGCAAGAGCUCUAGUUAUACGAUCUCAACUCAUUUAGCCAAAGAAGAAACGCUUGUUAGCAGUGUAUCCAUUUUACCUUAAACGAUUUAGUUUCUUUGUUUUGUUGUUGGAAAAAACUAUUUGACCUAUUUCUGUGGGAUUUCCAAAUUAAUGAUUAAGACGUAAGCAUGUAGUGCUUCAAAGUGAAUUUGCACCCUGGUUUAGACAAACGUUUUGAUGAGAAGUCUUUAUUGUGUUUAGUGUUUGACUAGUCAGUGCCAUUCUCCCUUCCCUUUCAUCGACGCUAAAUUCACAACCACCAAUUGAAACUAAUCUUAAUCUGAAAUUGGUACCCAAAAUGCAGCAGGCUUGUACAUGAGUAAUGUUUAAACUAUAAUGUGAUUAAUGAAGAUUAAUGAUUAAUGAGACCUGGAUUGCAUUUUGCAUUUGUUAUCAGUUUCGAUAAGAACCUUGGCACCUGUGACAAUGACUUUGGGCACACAUAUCCCGGAAAGGCAGGUGUGAUGCAUGUGUCUGAGACCAUGCAUCGGGCCUCAUUUAUGAAAGGGUGCUAAACAUUAUGGCGCACGAUAAUUGCAAUUGCUGUGCACAUUAAUGAUUUCCGUAUUUACUAUUGCAAUUGUAUUCAUUAUCGCGCAACAUAGUGGACAUGUUAUGGUGCACACUAAUUGUACCAUAAUAUGGUAAUCAUAAUGAAUAUGUGAGUUGUAUGGUAAUACAUUGUAAUCUAUUUAAAUGAGGCACCCUGCUCUGAAUAAUGAGAUGAGCUUCAUUCACACCGUAUUUACUAAAGGGCGAUAAUUGUGCACAUUAAAGUGAGCGAUAAUUAGUUUGUUUGGACACCAGGCUUUAACCACUGAUAGGCGCACUAUUUAAACCUAUUUUUCUGGCCUGAAAACUAGUGAUGUGUAGUUUGAUUCUUUUUACGGACUCGAUUAGUUUGAUUUAUUCACUUUAGUGAAUCAAUUCAACAGAUUUGGUUGUUUGAUUCACUAACGCGAAAUAAAUAUGUCUUGCUGAAUUACUUGGUUAUGAAAAUUUGUUUUAACGGAAAACUCUUGUCAGCAAGGGCCAUUUAAGUUAAGACUGUUCACUUGCUGGGCCGCACCAUAAAAAAUAUAUACAUAUACAUCGUAAUGUACGUGAACAUGUCUAUAUAAAUUGCAUGUAGACCAAAAUACUCAAAUAUACUACUUUACACAAAACACAUUAACUAGAAGCAGCUUUCCUAGAACACUGAUAAAAAAACUCAAUAUCACAAAUGUAAUAUAAUGGAGGAAAUAGAAAAGUAUUUUACUUUCAAUGGAAAUCUCAAACAGUAAAAAAAAAAAAAAAAGAUAGUGUAUAUUAGAGUAUAUAAGGCUAAGUCUCAAUAUUUAACUUAUAUUCCAAAAUAUAAUGUUUUUAACACCACUGAAAAAAAAGAUACUGACAAGCUGUGAAAAUACAAAAUAGUAAACAGCACCACUUUGAAAUUGGUGGUCACGGGUAAGUCUCUGACAUUAUCGUGCACAUUAAAUUAUCGCUCACAAUACAUGUAGUGUGCACGGUAUGGUAUGUAAAUUAGCCAAAUACUGUGCAAGUAUUUUAAUGUGUUCUCUGUUAGUAAAUGGGGCACUGCAUUUAGAUUUAUCAAGCAGGUUAGGCUCACUACUUUACGUGCUCACUAAAUCCAAAUUUAGUGCCCUUUCAUAAAUGAGGCCCUUCGUGUCCUAUCGGAUAGUAAAUACUCUAGAAUGUCCCAGCUCUGGAUUCUGCUACAAAAUGCUGCAGUGCACUCUGGUUAACUCAGGUUGCAAAAGACAUCCUGGUGUCAUCAGUUGCAAUUUCUAAGAAUUAUAAUGUUUGCACUUCUGUACAGACUGUUUAUUUUAAAGUCUCUGAUAACACAGUAUGUUUGCCCUUCUCAGAUCUGCACAGUGUGACAUAUAUAGUUGAACCAGUUUCUGUGAGGAGGAAUAAAUAUUCUCUAUGAUGAUACGUCCACCACGGUUAAGUAGACUAAUGAAAUUCAUAUAUUUUAAAAAUAACAAAAAGUGUCUAUUUUUUCAAAUAUUAAUGAAACAGUUAGCUGAACAGUGAUAUGUUUUACAAAUGCAUUAUUAAUACAUGUAAGCUUUCUGAAUCGCACACAGACCAUUUUUGUUCAGGUAAUAAGUUCAUGUUGUAUCAGUGUAAUCAACCAUAUCUCCAUAUAUUUUAUUCUAUACAUUGUUGUACUAUCAUUGUACAUAUAUAUUUCAAACCAUAUUAAGAAAUCCUAUCCACUGUAUAAUGGUGCUAUUUUGUAGUUUGUUAUAUGCAAGGGAUGGCUAAAAACAGUAAAAAAAAAUAAAACUGUGCACGAUAUAAAGGUUUUGCCUAUUGCACUGGCCACACAUGUUAUUUGUAAAUUAUCAAGUGAUUAUAUGCAUAUGCUUAUGAAUAUACCAGACCCAAACUGCCACAGGGAUAGAAAUAGACAUGCAAGUAUAGCAGUAGGGAUCUGGCAGGUGACAUAUACUAUGUUCUGUAUGUACUGUACAUUACUGGAAAUAAUUAUGGAACCACACAAACAAGAGUCCACCUACUGGCAAGCUGAACAUGGCAGUCGACCCCCACAACAGAUUCGAUGAACCUCAGGGUUGUUAUGAGGUUGGAGACUGGUGUGGUGUGGAAUGGAAUCAAACAAAAAUAAGGAUCCGUUUCUUGCUUACAGUACUUCUGUUUUCUAAAAAGAUGAAAUAAUGUACCUAGUCCUUCCUUCCAGUGUUUUCAUAACUGAUUCCAGUACUGUAAAUUUCGGUGAAAUCUGUUGAUGUUUGAAAAGAACUAACAAUCAUUGUUAGGUGACCCCAGACAAGUGUAAUACACAGUUGCUCUUGUGUUUCAUUUUUUAUUAUUAUGACAUAUACAACACCAUACUAAAUGACUUUAAAAAAAAAGCACUGUGAAAUUGUACUUACCUUUUUUAAGCUAUUGUAGUACUUACAAAUUAUAAGCAACAAAUCCUUAUUUCUGCAAUGUGUUUACUUACUGGUAGCUGCGCAAUUAAUGUAGCCUGUUUGAAUCAUGAUGUGGUUGGAACAGUAAACACAUUGGAAGUGUUGCCCGAGGUGAACAUGUGUGCACAUGUGAAUUUUGAAAACUGAUCGCAUGUGAUGUUAAUGUUUGCACUGACUCACAGAAAUGUCAACUUGACCACUGCAUCAAAAUGUACAAAAUUGAGGCAUUCGCUGUUCACAUUGUGGGGGUUUAAAGUAAAAACAAAUAAACUAAAUUGUGCAUAUGUUAGACCAUUACUUUUCAUUGCAUUAUACAUUUGUCUGAGGUUCUAGGUGAAGAUUUUUUUUUAAAUAAAUUACUUAAGGAAACAGAGUGACUACAUAUAUUAUGGUAAAGGUGCAUUAUGAAAGUAUUUAGUGACUGCAAAAGGCAAAAACACUGGGCAAGUCGGCAUGUUUUGUUUGCGGUUGCCUAAGGUGGUACCAUCUAACUCCAUAGGUUUACAAUGGAGUUUAAGAACACCAUCCAAUUUCAGCAUCCAGGCAUUUCUGCAGCUACUGUACAUGUAAAUACAGGAACUAAAUAUAAGUCCAACUUGUGUGUCUAAGCUUUAUGAGCGUGUGUUUUCUUGGGAUCCAAUACAAUCAGAUACAAUCACAUCCACAGAUACAAACAUUUGGUGUAAAGGGAAAAUACAUUUUGUAAAGAGUUUGUACUUUAUGUUUCCUGUUUUUGUCCAGAGAUACUGUAGUGGUGCUAAUGACAAGUUUGUUUUUGUGAAAACCCAAGAGGAAAAGGUUAGAAGUAAUCCUCAAAGAGUUGGUGCUGAGGUGAGAUACAAACUAAAGAGGAUUGGUAGCCUGAACUUUACCCUCUACAAAAAAACACCACAAAGCAACAUUUCUCGAAGUGGAAAACUGGAUAUUUUUCCCCUCACAUCCUGGGAAGCUUCUUUAUUCACCCCUGGGCAAGCUAGGAAUGCUCAUGCUCGGGCUAUCCCAUCUCUGUGGAUUCAUGAGCACCAGCUAAUACACUGCUGGGAUUUACCAAAGCUUGAUAUUACAGCACUGCAGAAUGACCUUGAAUUUCAAGGGAGCAGUCCAGGUACUGGUACUGUAAAAAGCUCUAAAAAAUCCAGCAGUGGCUUAUUCUGGCAGGUUAUAGGUUGAUCAGAUCACGCCUGGCUCAAGCUGACAUUGAUUAACACAUUUUGUCGCAAGUAUUUUUUUAAAUAAAGUUUUACCACCUUUUUGUAAGAGGUACAUGUUGAGCCCACUCAUUUAGCCUGUGACUUCAGCUGCAUUCAAACCCAAGCUCCCAGAGGUGAAAGGAAUAUAAUUCAUGUUCAGGUGUUCUUCCACUAGGGUGAAUUUAUGAAAUGAAGGUAAAAAAAAAUAAUGUAAUGUAUUGACAAAAUGCUUAUUUAAGAAAUAAAUAAAUGUAACAGUUUAUACAGUAAAAAAAAUAAAAAUAAAAGCAUUACAGACUCUUCUGAAGAGUGGUUAUGAUGUUUUGUAACUGGAAAUUAACCCCCUGCUUUUUUAAUAGAUAAAAAUAUGCUGUUUCCACACAUAACAUUUGAUGUUCUGUAUUUUACAGUACGGCAAAUGAAUAAGUCACUGAAGACAUAAAGAAAGAAAGGCAUAUCUUCUUUGCUAUGUGACUUAUACUUGUGAAGCAAUUGUGAUAUUUCAAUGACAGUGAAUUAGUGAAGGGCCCUUAUACAUUACAGUAAAAUACUGUUAACAUUGCUGAACUGAGAAUAAACCAAAUUAGUGAAUUAUCAUUUUGUGUAAUAACUAAGAAACAAUGUAUUACUUUACUUCACUACAACUAAAGGUUGCAUAUGUUUUUAUGAGCCUUUCAUUUGUUUUGAUGCAAAUAUUUUUAUUUCAGGUGUUCAGUUAAAUUAUGUAUUGUAUUAUUUUCAAUGAUCCCCCACCCCACAUUAAAAUUGAAAUCAAUAUUAAAACGCCAGGUGUGCAGAUAUUAUUUUGUGAAUUGCUUAGCUGAACGGUGCUUCAAAUGACAGUAAAGGUGCAUUACCCCUUUACAGUAUCUACACAAUGCUUGAAUCUGGAAAGAGCAGUUUAACAAGAGAGGCGGCCAUUCUGUCCAUCAAGGCACCUAGUAGCUGACAAAUCAUACUUCAGCACUUUUGAGAAUGAUUGACACCAUCACAGCCAUUUCCCAAAGCUCAUAUCUCACAUAAAAAUGAUUUGUACCCAAAAAUAUUUGAAUGUGUCACUGUCCCAAUUUAUUUAACAAGCAAUUCUGAAACCACGUUCCAAACUAGCAAUCACAGUGCAGUGUACAUCCGUAAAUGUGUAGCUGUUAUUCUGUUUGUUUUUUGCCUAAAAUGAUCAUGUAUUGAACUUUUAUUUAAAGGCGAAAGAGUGUUAUUAGAAAAAUAUUUGACUGUCUAAAAGCUUCUUUGUGUUAAAUCAAAACAAUCAAAAUGGGGUCUAGGGAUAAUGCAUCUGUAUGACUAAUCACAAACUAUAAUGCAUCAUUUGGUUUUCUGCACUUGGUAACAGUAACUACCAAGAAAUAGCAAAAAGAAAUGUAAUGCAUUGCUGUAAAACGGUAUCUUAAAUGUAAAAAUAUGUAUAUUUUAUACCUCUAUGAGGUCUAAUAAA